AACUUUGAUAAUGAGCGCCUGGCUAUUGCUAGACAAAGAAUCCCAUACCGACUUGGUCGGGUAGUUGACGAGUGGCUACUCGACAAAGGUAAACAAAAAAUUAAUUAAUCCAUUAAACAGUUACUAAAUCCAGUUAAAUCCCUCUGUCUAAUCCCUGUAAGAGGUGCAGUGCCAAGAGACAAAGGCGACAAGCAAAGGAUCAAAUGCUUUUACCUACUGUAUGUACGGUAUAAAGAUACAGAUGUCAGCAUGUUGGGUUGGGUCUGUUUGGGACUUUGGACUGAAAUUGACUGUGGAUGGUAGUGAUUAUGAUGGGAAUCAGCCAUAUAACCAAUAGCCAUUUAGAAUAACCUACCUAAUGCCAUUUAGUAUCAUGGGCGACAGUACAGUACAUCUACCAGGUAUCCUUUGCCAUCCCCAGACCUUCUGGGAAUGCUGCACCUCUUCAGAGAUUUUAAAACCAAUUAACUAAAUAAACAUAACCCCUGACUAACCCUCCAAAAAGUCCCUCCUAAUUAUUGUGUUUAAUUAGAUGCUGCUGACUUUAUUACCUUGUUAUUAUCUGUUUAUUAUUCUUGUGACAUGAACAUCAUUACAAUGAUAAAUAACCUGCUAAACAACUGGAAUAAUUAGCUGGUAAAGGAACAUUUAAUCUAAUGCUGGUGGUUCUUGCAAAAAGGUAUUACAGUAUCUCACAAUAAACCUUCCAUUUAAAUUCACAUCCUGGUCUCUCUAAAUUCUCUAAACUGGAUGGUUCAUGUAUAGUCUACACUGCGGUUAAUUGGCCAUGCUAAAAGCCCCAUGCUAAUGUAACCCCCACUAAACACCACUAUACUCUCCCUACUAUACCUCCAGAUGAUUUCCUUGCAUUCUUGGCAACCAUAUUACAGACAUGUUCAGGGACAAAGGGGCUGAGACCCUGGCAGACAGGUAAAUUACUGUCACUGCAACACUACAUAUGAUAUAUAGUUAAUCAACGUUCUCCAGAUAAGGACUCACAUUACAUUACCCGCUCUGAACAUGCUGAUCUCACUGAGUGAUGAUUUAACAGUAACAGUGCUUACUAUCAGUGCUGCUUCGGAGAACCAACACUGAUUGGUCCACCAACCUCUGACUGAGAGGAUGAAUGGGGAAAUGCCCAGUCACUAGUUGUCCAUCAAUUCAGAGAAACGACUUCCUGUGUUUUAUGAAGGGAAGUUAUGUGCGUACACUUUCCCAUGACUCUCCUUUCUCCCAUUGCGCUCUGUAAACACACUGAUAGCUAAAUGAAAGUAAAAGUAUACCCAAUAUUGUGCCAUCUUCCCCUUUGCAAAGACUUAACCGAUUUGAAAAGCCCCUUUUUUGACCCUAUGACCAGGAUUAAGCCAAGUCACUAACUCUGCUUUUAAACACUAACCAGUUGAUGUACCAAGCUAACAUUCAAACUAACCACACCUUACCCUCAGACCAUAUGGGCCCUUGUCUAUGUGACCAAUAAGAUGUCUGAAUAGAAAUAUACAAAAUACAAACCAGAACACUUUGAUUGAAUUAAACAUUCCAGACAAGGUGUUAACAUACCUAUUAUGACAUUUUACUAAGGCCCUUCUGAGUCUUUAACAUGGUAUAACUCAUUUUAUAAACUGGGUGGUUCGAACCCUGAAUGCUGAUUGGCUGACAGCCGUGGUAUAUCAGACCGUAUACCACGGAUAUGACAAAACAUUUAUUUUUACUGCUCUAAUUACAUUGGUGACCAGUUUAUAAUAGCAAUAAGGCACUUAGGGGGUUGUUGGUAUAUGACCAAUAUACCACGGAUAAGGGCUGUAUCCAGGCACUCCGCUUUGCGUUGUGCUUAAGAACAGCCCUUAGCCGUGGUAUAUUGGCCAUAUACCACACCCCUUCGGGCCUUAUUGCUUAAAUGUAAUUGGAUGUCUGCCUGUUUGUGUCUGUCUCUCUCUCUCUCCACUUCUAUCUCUUUCUUCUUCUAUCUCUCUUUCUCCUCUUCCUUUACCUCACUACAGGACGACAGCUGACCAUCUUCAACAGCCAGGCAGAGAUAAAGAUCGGGGGUCAGGACAAGGGCCGGCCGUUCCAGGGCCAGAUCUCUGGUCUCUACUAUAACGGCCUGCAGGUGCUGAAGCUGGCAUCAGAGAGUGACCCCAGUGUCCAGGCCGAGGGGAACCUGAGGCUGGUGGGAGACUCACUGUCAGUGCUGACCACUGAGACCACCUCCACCACCCCACUGGCUGUCUCCGACAUGUCCACCACAAUCAUGGAGACCACCACCACCAUGGCCACCACCACCACCCGCAGGCAACGCUCCCCCAGCAUGAGGGAGAGCAUCUCCCAGGUCAGAGGGAGGGCCGGGUGGGGGCUUGUGGUCAGGGCAGGGUACUAGGGCCAUGUUAAUAUAAUAAUAAUAUAAUAAUAAUAUAAUAUAAUAUAAUAAUAUAUAAUAAUGUUGAACAUUAUUAGUGACCAAUGGUGCAAAAGGUGAUGUAAUGAUGGCUAAUGACUCAGACUAGCCAUUUUAUCAGUGUUAACAGUCCCUCAUUCAGUAAUCCUGGCUUUAACAUUGUACUAUAAGAAACUGUAUGUACGGUCUUCUCCUAAUGCUAGAGGUGAUUCUGACAGGACUGUGGGUGAGCUAGUGUGAGGGCUAAACAGUAGGCCGACAGCAUACUGUAAGUAACCGUUUAGAUGGGAGAGUUCUGUGAAGACAGACAGACAGACAGACAGACAGACAGACAGACAGACAGACAGACAGACAGACAGACAGACAGACAGACAGACAGACAGACAGACAGACAGACAGACAGACAGACAGACAGACAGACAGACAGACAGACAGACAGACAGACAGACAGACAGACAGACAGACAGACAGACAGACAGACAGACAGACAGACAUUACCAAGAGGUUGGCUGCAUGAGACAGAUGCUCCGUCUACAUUAUAUCUCAUUGACACUCAACAGGCAGACAAAUCAGAGAGCACUGCAAAAACAAUCCUUAAAGAACACUUUCACAGGAACAAUCUCCCUGUCUUUCAAUUCCCUUGCACAUUUUCAACAUAACUAUGCUGCUUGCCUCUGCCGAUAAGAGGCAGUAGUUACUCAUUAAAACCAAGAGCUUUUCAAUAAGGGAAAACAGACAAAGCACUGGACCUAGACACGUCUUUGAAAAUAAGUUAGCUCUCUAUUGAAAGUGUUUUUCCAAUUGCUGGUUUGUUAAACUCUCAUUCCAACGUGAAAUAUUGUCUACUCUCUAUGUUGGCGAAAUGUAUUCAGUUCCAUUUGUGUGUUUUUGUAUUGUGCCUUUUAAAUGUCAUGGUAACAGUUCACAGUAGUUACAAAACUAGCAGACCCUGUGGAAGUCAACUCCCUCAGAGAUGUGAUGCACUCUUUCUUUUUUUUUCAAAUCCCAAAAAGCUAGAUUGACAGGGUUUUUAGCAGAUGAAGCUACAUUAUUUUCCUACACUGACUAUUGUUAGGCCACCACAUAGAUCCAAGCAGAAGGCCACACCACAUUUAGAGUAAGUUGUCAAGAGACCACCAUCCUCCGUUCCUCCCAUUCCUUGGAUUAAACCUUAUAUGCCUUCGACUUUGUUCAUCAAGAGAUGAAGGAAGGUCACGCUCAAUAACAAUUUAUGCCAAUCACGGCUAAACUGCCUAUUUCCAUAUCCAGCGAUCCGGUAGUCAUUUGCAUGAAUGUUGAUUAACCUAAAUUCAACCCCACGUAGAACCUUGGAGUAGCUUUAAUCCAGUCUUGCUUAAUGUAAAUAGCCCUAGGGAGACCAGGGCCCAGAUUCACAAAACACUUCUUACACAAAAACUUAAGAAGCCUCUUAAGAAAAAUAAUAAGAAGGUCAUAAGAUAGUUCAUAAGUGCAAUUCCUCAACAAUAUCUUAAGAUUUAAUGAUUUUCUUACGAACUUCUCAAAUAUCUAAUUACAAAUCUUCUUCAGAUGUUUGUUGCUAGGCAACCGUUUUAGCUAGCUAUUUAGCUAGCAAUGGCAAUCAUGUUAGCAUAUUUCUUACUGAUAUUACUGUUCUAAAACAUGUUCUUGUGUUUAAAAUAAUCAAUACUGAAACUUUCAAAUGAUGUUUGUGAGUGAAUAAAAAAAAAAUAAUUGCUUUCAUGAGCUUUUUCUCUCACUGCCCUGAGUUUAAGUCUAGGGUUUAGUUGUCUUGGAAUUAAGAACAUUUCCAAUAACCUUUUUGAGGAAUAGCGACUUUGCUUAACUUUCUUCUUAAGUCUAUUAAGGAAAAAAUGGCAGUUAAGAAGAUAUAUGAGAAGAAAGAACGCUGCAGCCUGUCUGGUGUUCAACCUUCCCAAAUUCUCUCAUGUCACCCCGCUCCUCCGCACUCUCCACUGGCUUCCAGUUGAAGCUCACAUCUAUUACAAAACCAUGGUGCUUGCCUACGGAGCUGUAAGGGGAACGGCACCUCCUUACCUUCAGGCUCUGAUCAGACCCUACACCCAAACGAGGGCACUACGUUCAUCCACCUCUGGCCUGCUAGCCCCCCUACCUUUACGGAAGCACAGUUCCCGCUCAGCCCAGUCAAAGCUAUUCGCUGCUCUGGCACCCCAAUGGUGGAACAAGCUCCCCCACGACGCCAGGACAGCGGAGUCACUGACCACCUUCCGGAGACACUUCAAACCCUACCUCUUUAAGGAAUACCUGGAAUAGUAUAACAGUAAUCCUUCUACCCCCCCUCCCCCACCCCCCCAUAAAAAAGGGGGGGGUGGUUGUCCCACUGGCUAUCCUAAGUUGAAUGCACCAAUUUGUAAGUCGCUCUGGAUAAGAGCGUCUGCUAAAUGACUUAAAUGUAAAUGUUUUGUGAAUCUGGUUCCCAGCAGAAUGUGGCUAACUACCAUGCUUGCCCUUUCAACACAUGAAAACAUAAUUUAUCAUUUAUGUUCAUGGGCUAUCUGAAUAUUUAAAUCAACAUCAGUCACUUGGAAAGAGAGGUUAGCAAAAUAGUAAACAGUACAAAUCUAAAAUAUAUUCAAAGUAUUUUUCUUUUUUUCUAUAACACUCUAAAUAGGAGAGACAAACACCUGUGUAAUCACUUGGCAAUCCUCUCCCCUCUGUUGUGAUUAGGAUUUAUCCUCCUGUUACAGGAGGGGGUCGCAGUUCCGGAGCGACCCACUAGGUGUCUUCCUAUGACAACCUUAGGCACCUUCUCACUCACAGUCUGGACUAAUCAUUAUCCUAUUGGUGUCACCUGUGUCUACCUGUUCACCUGUGUAUUUAUGCCCUCACUUCCCUGUGUUCCCUUGCUCUUUUCUCUCUGCUAGUUUCUCGAUGCCAAACAGUACUACUCAGUGUCUGAUUGCGAGACGUAUGUACAGGUACUUGAGAAGUGUUCUCCCUGUUUCAUGUUUGCUGUCAGCCUGUUUUUGGAGACCAAUUUGCUCCUCCUUUAUUUUAUUGUGACAAGUCCGUUAUUUUGUAUCCUGGUUUUGGGACCACCGGUAAAGAUCCUUGUUUCACCAUCUCUGCCUACUGUCUAUCCUGCACCGCACCUGGGUCACACAGAGCCUAUAUGGACCCAGCGGAGGCAGCACAGUAUCGUAACGCAUUGGCAACGCAGGGAGCUAUGCUGAACCAGCAUGACCGCAGCCUGCAGCAGAUCACUGAGAAUCUCCGCCUACCACCUCCGGAGAGGUACGACGGACGUCCAGAGGGCUGAAGGGAAUUCCUCACCCAGUGUUCCCUGGUAUUCAGCCUACAACCCUCCUCCUUCCCGACGGAGCAGGGCCGGGUGGCCUACAUUAUCACUCUGUUGACGGGUCGGGCCCUUUCUUGGGCUACCGCGGAGUGGGAGAGCCAAACUCCGGCGUGCUCCUACUCCUACCAAUUCACAAGGUGUUCGACACCUCUCGGGUGAUGUCGGGCACGAGGCCGGGAGGCGGCUCACGGCCUGUCGGCAGGGUGACCGUUCGGUGGCGGACUACUCUGUGGAGUUCCGGACCCGGGCUCGAGAGGCAGGAUGGGAGGAGGCCGCCCUGGUCGUCCUAUCCGCGCAGGGUCUAUCGGAGGGGAUGAAGGACAAACUCUCCUUCAGGGAGCUGCCUGAGCGACUGGACGGCCUCGUCGACCUCUCGGUGCGGAUAGACAAUCGGUGUCGUGAGAGGGCGCACAAGAGAGGGAUGACGCAAGGCGUCCAGGAUGGAGAAGCAGAGACGUCUGUGCCAGGGAUGUUGCCUGUACUGCGGCCAGACAGGUUACCACUGCGACUCCCGGAAAAUGGGAGGGCUCGCUAAUAUCGGGAGGAUAACCCCAACCCCAGAGACUCCCGGACUUUUCUCUCCGUCAGGGUUCAGUGGGCCCGCACUGCGCGUCGGGUGCAUACACUGGUGGAUUCGGGGGCCUGGACAAGGGGCUGGCCAAAGGGUGAAGCGUUCCGUUACUCUCCCUCUCCGAGACGGUUCCGGUCAUGGGCCUGGACGGCCGGCCGCUGGGGUCGGGCUUCAUCACCCGGCGCACUGUCCCCGUGCGUGUCCGGGUGGCAGGGGAGCUAUGGGAGGAUAUCCAGUUUUUCAUUGUGGACUCUCCGGAGUGUCCCCUCAGGUACCACACUGCGAACCGCUUACUGCCCUAGCGGCAGUUGCCACAGGGAGGAUAGCGGCUACAGACUCCGUCACCAGCCCAGACCUGGCAGGCGUUCCCCGGGAGUAUUGAGAUCUGGGGGAGGUGUUUAGUUAGAGGCGUGCCAAGGGCCUACCUCCUCACAGGCCAUACGACUGUGCUAUCGAUCUCCUGCCGGGCGCAAUGCCCACACGAGGGCGAUUGUUUUCCUUGUCCUGGCCGGAGACGCUGGCCAUGAGGGAGUAUAUCGACGAGGCACAUCCGUCCCUCUACCUCACCCGCAGGCGCGAGCUUCUUCUUCGUGGGGAAAAAGGACGAUGGGCAGCGGCCAUGCAUUGAUUACCGGGCGCUCAAUGACAUCACGGUUAAGAACCGCUACCCACGCCCCCUGAUGACGACGGCAUUCGAGUUGUUGCGGGGAGCCCGGGUCUUCACCAAGUUGGACUUGCGAAAUGCCUACAACCUGAUGAGGAUUCGGGAGGGGGACGAGUGGAAGACGGCUUUUAACACACCCAGUGGGCAUUACGAGUACCAAGUCAUGCCAUUCGGUCUAGUCAACGCGCCUGCGGGUUUCCAGGCGUUGGUCAAUGACGUGCUCCGGGACCUCCUCUACUACAGCAUUUUAGUGUAUUUGGAUGACAUCCUAAUAUUUUCAAAGGACAUGAGUGAACACCAGCAGCACGUUCGGCAGGUCCUCCAACCAGCUCUACGUCAAGGCGGAGAAGUGUUUGUUCCACACAGACAGUCUCCUUCCUGGGGUUCAUCGUCACCAAGGGGGACCUACGGAUGGACCCAGCCAAGGUCAGCGCGGUACAGGAUUGGCCCCAGCCCUCAUCCCUCAAGCAACAACAACAGUUUUUAGGGUUCGCUAAUUUUUAUAAGCGAUUUAUUUGCAAUUUUUGCGCUGAAGCGGCGCUUUACAUCGGCCCGGUCCUCGGGCAUCCUGAUCCGUCCCUGCCGUUCAUUGUGGAGGUGGAUGCUUCAGACUUGUUCCUCACGGACGGUAAGACUCACCCCUUCGUAUUUUUCUCCCGUCGGCUGUCCCCGGCAGAGCAGAAUUACGACGUGGGGAACCGUGAGCUGCUAGUGGUCAAGCUCGCCCUGGGGGAGUGGAGGCAUUGGCUAGAGGGGGCCGCCCAUCCAUUUGUCGUAUGGACUGACCAUAAUAACUUAGCCUACAUUCAGGGGGCCAAGAGGCUCAACUCGCACCAGGCCAGGUGGGCGUUGUUCUUCACCAGGUUCCGGUUCACGAUCUCAUACCGUCCGGGGUCGAAGAACACCAAGCAGUUCAACCCCGUGGACCUGGUGGAGAGGGACGACCCUAUUGUCCCCAACGCCCUGAUUGCUGCCCCAGUUUCGCGGGGAAUUGAUAGGAUGGUCCCGUGUAGCUCAGUUGGUAGAGCAUGGCACUUGCAACGCCAGGGUUGUGGGUUUGAUUCGCACGGGGAGCCAGUAUGAAAAUGUAUGCACUCACUAAUUGUAAGUCACUCUGGAUAAGAGCGUCUGCUAAAAUGACUAAAAUGUUUUAAUGUAAAUGGUCAGAGCAGCGCUACGCCGAGAGCCCGAUCCGGGCGGGGGUCCAUCGGGGAGGAUGUAUGUACCCAUGGCUGUGCGUUCGCGACUGCUUCAGUGGGCGCACGCGUCCGACCUCACCAGCCAUCCGGGGAGUGCCAGGACGUUGGAGUUCCUGCGUAGGAUGUUCUGGUGGGGAUACGCGCGCCUUCGUGGCGGCUUGUCCGGUGUGCGUGCGCUCGAAGAGUUCAGGUGUUCUCCCUGUUUCAUUGUUGUUUUCAGUCGUAGUUAGUAUUUCGUAUGUUUGCUGUCAGCCUGUUUUGGGAGACCAAUGUGCUCCUCCUUUAUUUUAUUGUGACAAGUCCGUUAUUUUGUAUCCUGGUUUUGGGACCACCAGUAAAGAUCCUUGUUUCACCAUCUCUGCCUACUGCCAACUGUCUAUCCUGCAACGCACCUGGGUCACACCUCACACCAACCCUUAUAUCCUCCAUCCUCUACUCUAUAGGGUUAAGACAGCAGGCCUCCUAUGGACAUGUUACUGAACAACACAGUCAACUUCCUCUGUACCAAUAGAUGACAGUAGUGGAAUAUGAAAUGCUGUAUUUAUUUCUUAGGUAGUGCUCUUCGUUUUAAAGUGUUUUGUGUAUCAGUCUCUGGGCUGAACAUUUGUUAUGAUGUCAUGUCAUACAUUUCUGAAACAAACCAAAUGAAUAAAAGCUACAAUGGCACCAUAAACAAUAAACGUCUCUUAUGAAACUACAGCCGUUGUAUAUACAAACACAGGGAGGAGGGACUAAUUGCUUUAUGAAUACAGUCAGGCAGAUCUAAUGCAGCAAUACAGCAUAUUUUAAUUAGAGACUCAAAAUGCCACAAUGGUGCUGUGUGGAUCUGAGAGCAAGACACAAGUGCCAAACAAGACAACUCUUUUAUUGUCCUACCAUUUCAAACGGCAAAACAAUUGUUCUGAUCACAGUUACUAAAGCUUUAUUGACAACAACAAAAAACAUAGUGUUGAUACCCUUUAAAAAAAACAAAAAACUAUGGCUCCAAAUGUCUUAAAAGCAUAUUUGAUGGAUGACUGUACUCUGUAAUAGCCAUGGCCCAGUAAGCAUGUCAAGUUCUGGACACAUUCCAUGUGACUGUCUGUAAAUAAAUUGAUAUGGUAUGGCGGGCCAAAGGCUCCUUCCUCCAGCUAAAUAAGUUGGUAAUAGGCCUGUCCAUACGAUAAUGAAGGAGAUACAUUGAUGUCAAUCAUGGCCUAACUGCUUACUUCCCUGUCUAUGUGACUCGAGGUCAUUAGCAUAGAUUUACAUAGACUAGAUUUCUCAAGCCCUUGUUGAAUUUCAAUGAUCUUUCUGAAGGUCAUAAUGCCAGACAGCUUUAGGUUUUGGCUACACCUACUGGGUGUUUUUAGUAACUACAUUCUUUGAAAAGCAUUCCGGACAGGCCAAUGAAUAAUGUACUGUAUGUGAGAGCUGUCAAAUAGCAGUGUCUCAUAUCCUACAUGUGCAGAUAUGAUUUAUCAUGAGGUGUCUGUGCUUUGACAUGUGAGGACCAAGUGAUGCAUUCAUGUAAUCUCCGGAUCAAACUAUGUGAUAUUUAUAUAGCUUCAGUAGUCCAGGAUAUUGAUGAAUGUACAGGGACAGGAGGUAUUAGGAAAUAAAUGUUUGAGCACAAUCAUUGCAUCAUGGAACUAGAGCUGUGAAAUUGAAUCCUGGCCCAUAAUGGAUUUUUAUUCUACUAUUGAUCUGGUGGAAAUAGCAAGGGCUGCCUUAGUUUUUAUGAAGAAUUCUCAAAUAAUGAAGUUUCACUUACAAAGCUUUUUUUGAAAUACCUUUGUAUUAUUAUUUUAUUAAUGUCUGACAUUGACAACUAAGAGUUUUAAAGAUGCUGGUAAGAUGCAGUAUAGAUCGCAAAGCCACCAACGUUGUGUCCUCUUCUCCUCUUCUCUUCAGUCUCAGAACUCGGAUGACAUCUUGGUGGCGUCUGCUGAGUGUCCCAGUGAUGACGAGGAUCUGGAGGAGUGUGAGCCUGGAACAGGUGAGUCUGUCUGUCAGCCCUGGCCUGGGGUUCAGUGUCAUAUCAAGGCCCUAGGAGGGACCGGGAGGGAGCAGGAUCUCCCCCACUCUACUGGGUGUCUUCCUACACUAGGGACCAGUUGGUUAGUUUGAAUCAGCUCAUGGAUAAAUCGUAUGGUUCUUGAUCUAGCUAGCCUUAUUAUCGCUACUUUCAUUUUGUCUGUUCUCGUUGCUCAUUUUGUCCUCAGCUACUAACUCUGCUCUGAACUCGCUGUUAGGGGAGAUUUCAUUACUGCCGCUAGCUAGCAAGGAUCUUAUCUGAAGAUUAUAAGAGCUCAUUCUACCCUUUGUGUCCACUCCCCUAAACAAAAUAAAUAAACAACUGUGGAAAACAGCUGGGACAUUCUUGAAUUACAGUGGUAAAUUGGGUCUAUAUUAAAGAACAUUAUUAGCUAGUCACACCCUUUUAGUAUGUCAUAAAUUUGAGGAUUCCAUUGAUAAUUUGGUAUCUUAAUCACAAGUGUCACUUGGCGUUAGUCAAUUUAAAUGAAGGGAAAUAACAUAGUGAGCAAAAUGAUUAAUCAUAUCACUUUAGUCAAUUAUUUUUUAAGGUUUGAUGACCUUACAUUUCAGCAUUUGUGGCCUCCAUUUCAGAAAAUCCUGAGUUACCUAAAAUGUAUAAUUGGUGUUACCAUAAUUGGUUUUACCAUCAUUGGUGUUACUUCUCAUACUGGUGGCACAAUGUUAUCAUAAUGGUAAAAACAAAUAGUAAAUAUUAUUUCAUCAUUUAAUCUACCAUUAUUAGUUGAUUUAGAAUGGAAAGAUGUACCCAAAUACAUGUAAAUCAAUCAAAAUCUAGAAGAAUGUAGUAAUUCCUUUCCAAAAUGCUAUGCUCAAAUGUUACCGUAAUGAAAGAACGACCCAGCUGGGCCCUUCAAUGUACAGCUGGUUGGCGGAGGCGGUGCUCAUAUCCAUCUCAUAGAAGACUUUGACCUUGGUGUGCGUGGAUGACUUAUCUUAAUACUCCUGCAGCUAUCACUGCCUCUGGCUCCAUAUUUCACUACUAGGGUUACUCAUGAAAUGUAUUACAUGUACGAAAUGCAGAAGGGGUUGUUUUUGUCUUACUUCAUUUUUGUAAUAAAAGGCAUUCUUGUUUUCAUGCAAAUGUUUCAAGUGUUUCAGAAGCGACAUUAGAUCAUGACAGACCGGUCGGCCUUACUUGUCCCCAGUAGAGUUAGGUGAAUGUCCCCAGUAGAGUUAGGUGAAUGUCCCCAGUAGAGUUAGGUGAAUGUCCCCAGUAGAGUUAGGUGAAUGUCCCCAGUAGAGUUAGGUGAAUGUCCCCAGUAGAGUUAGGUGAAUGUCCCCAGUAGAGUUAGGUGAAUGUCCCCAGUAGAGUUAGGUGAAUGUCCCCAGUAGAGUUAGGUGAAUGUCCCCAGUAGAGUUAGGUGAAUGUCCCCAGUAGAGUUAGGUGAAUGUCCCCAGUAGAGUUAGGUGAAUGUCCCCAGUAGAGUUAGGUGAAUGUCCCCAGUAGAGUUAGGUGAAUGUCCCCAGUAGAGUUAGGUGAAUGUCCCCAGUAGAGUUAGGUGAAUGUCCCCAGUAGAGUUAGGUGAAUGUCCCCAGUAGAGUUAGGUGAAUGUCCCCAGUAGAGUUAGGUGAAUGUCCCCAGUAGAGUUAGGUGAAUGUCCCCAGUAGAGUUAGGUGACUUGUUUUCAUUGUUUUCCAAACCUUGGUAUUUUUACAGCUUUGUUCCCUAAUAAUACAAUACUAAUACAUUUAUGCCGCCUGAAGGUACCACGUUCAUCUACACAAACAAUAGUACGCAAGUAUAAACACCAUGGGACCACGCAGCCGUCAUAACGCUCAGGAAGGAGACGCCUUCUGUCUCCUAGAGAUGAACCUACUUUGGUGCAAAAAGUGCAAAUAAAUCCCAGAACAACAGCAAAGGACCUUGUGAAGAUGCUGGAAGAAACAGGUACAAAAGUAUCUAUAUCCACAGUAAAACGAGUCCUAUAUCGACAUAACCUGAAAGGCCGCUCAGCAAGGAAGAAGCCAGUGCUCCAAAACCGCCAUAAAAAAGCCAGACUACGGUUUGCAACUGCACAUGGGGACAAAGAUCGUACUUUUUGGAGAAAUGUCCUCUGGUCUGAUGAAACAAAAAUAUAACUGUUUGGCCAUGAUGAACAUCGUUAUGUUUGGAGGAAAAAGGGGAAGGCUUGCAAUCCAAAGAACACCAUCCCAACCGUGAAGCAUGGGGGUGGCAGCAUCAUGCUGUGGGGGUGCUUUGCUGCAGGAGGGACUGGUGCACUUCACAAAAUAGAUGGCAUCAUGAGGAAGGAACAUUUUGUGGAUAUAUUGAAGCAACAUCUUAAGACAUCAUUCAGGAAGUUAAAGCUUGGUCUCAAAUGGGUCUUUCAAAUGGACAGUGACCCCAAGCAUACUUCCAAAGUUGUGGCAAAAUGGCUUAAGGACAACAAAGUCAAUGUAUUGGAGUGGACAUCACAAAGCCCUGACCUCAAUCCUAUAGAAAAUGAGUGGGCAGAACUGAAAAAGUGUGUGCGAGCAAGGAGGCCUACAAACAUGACUCAGUUACACCAGCUCUGUCAGGAGGAAUGGGCCAAAAUUCACCCAACUUAUUGUGGGAAGCUUGUGGAAGGUUACCCGAAACGUUUGACCCAAGUUAAACAAUUUAAAGGCAAUGCUACCAAAUACUAAUUGAGUGUACUUCUGACCCACUGGGAAUGUGAUGAACGAAAUAAAAGCUGAAAUAAAUCAUUCUCUCUACUAUUAUUCUGACGUUUCACAUUCUUAAAAUAAAGUGGUGAUCCUAACUGACCUAAGACAGGGAAUUUUUACUAGGAUUAAAUGUCAGGAAUUGUGAAGAAUUGAGUUUAAAUGUAUUUGGCUAAGGUGUAUGUAAAGUCCGACUUCAACUGUAUAUAUAUACAGUGUAUUCAACCCCCUUGGCGUUUUUCCUAUUUUGUUGCAUUACAACCUGAAAUUUAAAUGGAUUUUUAUUUGGAUUUCAUGUAAUGGACGAACACAAAAUAGUGAAAUGAAAAAAAUUACUGGCUAUCAUAAGUUGAAUGCACCAAUUUGUAAGUCGCUCUGGAUAAGAGCGUCUGCUAAAUGAUGUAAAUGUAAAUGUUUAAAAAAAAUCUAAAACAUAAAUAACGGAAGAGUGGUGCAUGCAUAUGUAUUCACCCCCUUUGCUAUGAAGCCCCUAAAUAAGAUCUGGUGCACCCAAUUACCUUCAGAUGUCACAUAAUUAGUUAGAUUGCACACAGGUGGACUUUAUUUAAGUGUCACAUGAUCUCAGUAUAUAUACACCUGUUCUGAAAGGCCCCAGAGUCUGCAACACCACUAAGCAAGGGGCAACACCAAGCAAGCGGCACCAUGAAGCCCAAGGAGCUCUCCAAACAGGUCAGGGACAAAGUUGUGGAGAAGUACAGAUCAGGGUUGGGUUACAUUUUACAUUUACAUUUUAGUCAUUUUAGCAGACGCUCUUAUCCAGAGCGACAUACAGUAAGUGAGUGCAUACAUAUUUGUUUCAUACUGGCCCCCCGUGGGAAACAAACCCACAACCCUGGCGUUGCAAGCGCCAUGCUCUACCAAUUGAGCUACACGGGUUAUAAAAUAAUAUCCCAAACUUUGAACAUCCCACGGAGCACCAUUAAAUCCAUUAUUAAAAAAUGGAAAGAAUAUGGCACCACAACAAACCUGCCAAGAGAGGGCCGUCCACCAAAACUCACAGACCAGGCAAGGAGGGCAUUAAUCAGAGAGGCAACAAAGAGACCAAAGAUAACCCUGAAGGAGCUGCAAAGCUCCACAGCAGAGAUUGGAGUAUCUGUCCAUAGGACCACUUUAAGCCGUACACUCCACAGAGCUGGGCUUUACGGAAGAGUGGCCAGAAAAAAGCCAUUGCUUAAAGAAAAAAAAUAGUGUUUGCCAAAAGGCAUGUGGGCGACUCCCCAAACAUAUGGAAGAAGGUACUCUGGUCAGAUGAGACUAAAAUUGAGCUUUUUGGCCAUCAAGGAAAACGCUAUGUCUGGCGCAAACCCAACACCUCUCAUCACCCCGAGAACACCAUCCCCACAGUGAAGCAUGGUGGUGGCAGCAUCAUGCUGUGGGGAUGUUUUUCAUCGGCAGGGACUGGGAAACUGGUCAGAAUUGAAGGAAUGAUGGAUGGCGCUAAAUACAGGGACAUUCUUGAGGGAAACCUGUUUCAGUCGUCCAGAGAUUUGAGACUGGGACGGAGGUUCACCUUCCAGCAGGACAAUGACCCUAAGCAUACUGCUAAAGCAACAAUCAAGUGGUUUAAGGGUAAACAUUGAAAUGUCUUGGAAUGGCCUAGUCAAAGCCCAGACCUCAAUCCAAUUGAGAAUAUGUGGUAUGACUUAAAGAUUGCUGUACACCAGCAGAACCAAUCCAACUUGAAGGAGCUGGAGCAGUUUUGCCUUGAAGAAUGGGCAAAAAUACCAGUGGCUAGAUGUGCCAAGCUUAUAGAGACAUACUCCAAGAGACUUGCAGCUGUAAUUUCUGCAAAAGGUGGCUCUACAAAGUAUUGACUUUGGGGGGGUUGAAUAGUUAUGCACGCUCAAGUUUUCUGUUUUUCUUGUCUUAUUUCUUGUUUGUUUAAAAAAAUAUAUAUUUUGCAUCUUCAACAACAUAGUGCCCUCAAAGCUCAUCACUAAGCUAAGGACCCUGGGACUAAACACCUCCCUCUGCAACUGGAUCCUGGACUUCCUGACAGGCCACCCCCAGGUGGUAAGGGUAGGUAACAACACAUCUGCCACACUGAUCCUCAACACGGGGGCCCCUCAGGGGUGCGUGCCCAGUCCCCUCCUGGACUCCCUGUUCACCCAUGACUGCAUCGCCAGGCAUCACUCAAACACCAUCAUUAAGUUUGCCGACGACACAACAGUGGUAGGCCUGAUCACCAACAAUGAUGAGACAGCCUAUAGGGAGGAGAUCAGAGACUUGGCCGUGUGGUGCCAGGAUAACAACCUUUCCCUCAACGUGAUCAAGACAAAGGAGAUGAUUGUGGACUACAGGGGAAAAAAACGGGGCUGUAGUGGAACAGGUUGAGAGUUUCAAGUUCCUUGGUGUCCACAUCACCAACAAACUAUCAUGGUCCAAACACACCAAGACCGUCGUGAAGAGGGCACGACAAAGCCUAUUCCCCCUCAGGAGACUGAAAAGAUUUGGCAUGGGUCCUCAGAUCCUCAAAAAGUUAUUCAGCUGCACCAUCAAGAGCAUCCUGACUGGUUGCAUCACCACCUGGUAUGGCAACUGCUUGGCCUCUGACCGCAAGGCACUACAGAGGGUAGUGUGUACGGCCCAGUAUAUCACUGGGGCCAAGCUUCCUGUCAUCCAGGACCUCUAUACCAGGCGGUGUCAGAGGAAGGCCCUAAAAAUUAUCAAAGACUCCAGCCACCCUAGUCAUAGACUGUUCUCUCUGUUACCGCACGGCAAACGGUACCGGAGCGCCAAGUCUAGGUCCAAAAGGCUUCUUAACAGCUUCUACCCCCAAGCCAUAAGACUCCUGAACAGCUAAUCAUGGCUACCCGGACUAUUUGCAUUGCCCCCCCACCCCAAUCCCCUCUUUUACGCUGCUGCUACUCUGUUUAUUAUUAUUUAUGCAUAGUGACUUUAACUCUACCCACAUGUACAUAUUACCUCAAUUACCUCGACUAACUGGUGCCCCCGCACAUUGACUCUGUACCAGUACCCCCUGUAUAUAACCACCCUACUGUUAUUUUAUUUUACUGCUGCUCUUUAAUUAUUUGCUAUUUUAAAAAAAUUCUUAAACUGCAUUGUUGGUUAAGGGCUUGUAAGUAAGCAUUUCACUGUAAUAUCUACACCUGUUGUAUUCGGCACAUGUGGCAAAUAAUAUCUCCCCAGUCCUUAACGAUUACAAAUCAAAUCAAAUGUUAUUUGUCACAUACACGUGUUUAGCAGAUGUUAUUGCGGGGGUAGCGAAAUGCUUGUGCGUCUAGCUCCAACAGUGCAGUAAUAUCUAACAAGUAAUCUCUAACAAUUUCACAACAUAUACCCAAUACACACAAAUCUAGUAAGGAAUGGAAUUUAAGAAUAUAUACAUGGACAAGCAAUGACAGAGCGACAUAGACUAAGAUAUAUACAUAUGAGGUGAGCAGUGCAAGAUAUGUAAACAUUAUUAAAGUGACUAGUGUUCCAUUUCUUAAAGUGGCCAGUGAUUUCAAUAGGCAGCAGCAGCCUAGAAUGUGCUAGUGAUGGCUAUUUAACAGUCUGAUGGCCUUGAGAUAGAAGCUGUUUUUCAUUCUUUCGGUCCCAGCUUUGAUGCACCUGUACUGACCUCGCCUUCUGGAUGAUAGCGGGGUGAACAGGCAGUGGCUCGGGUGGUUGAAGUCCUUGAUGAUCUUUUUGGCCUUCCUGUGACAUCGGGUGUUGUAUGUGUCUUGGAGGGCGGGUAGUUUGCCCCCGGUAAUGCGUUCGGCAGACCGCACCACCCUGUGGAGAGCCCUGCGGUUGCGGGCGGUGCAGUUGCCGUACCAGGCGGUGAUACAGCCCGACAGGAUGCUCUCAAUUGUGCAUCUGUAAAAGUUUGUGAGGGUUUUAGGUGCCAAGCCAAAUUUCUUCAGCUUCCUGAGGUUGAAGAGGCUCUGUUGCACCUUCUUCACCACACUGUCUGCGUGGGUGGACCAUUUCAGUUUGUCAGUGAUCUGUAUGCCAAGGAACUUGAAGCUUUCCACCUUCUCCACUGCGGUCCCGUCGAUGUGGAUAGGGGGGUGCACCCUCUGCUGUUUCCUGAAGUCCAUGAUCAUCUCCUUUGUUUUGUUGACAUUGAGUGAGAGGUUAUUUUCCUGGUACCACCCUCCCAGAACCCUCACCUUCUCCCUGUAGGCAGUCUUGUAAUUGUUGGUAUUCAAGCCUACUACUGUUGUGUCAUCUGCAAACUUGAUGAUUGAGUUGGAGGUGUGCUUGGCCACGCAGUCAUGGGUGAACAGGGAGUACAGAAGGGGACUGAGCACGCACCCUUGUGGGGCCCCAGUGUUGAGGGUCAGUGAAGUGGAGAUGUUGUUUCCUACCUUCACCACCUGGGGGCGGCCUAUCAGGAAGUCCAGGACCCAGUUGCACAGGGCAGAGUUCAGACCCAGGGCCUCGAGCUUAAUGAUGAGCUUGGAGGGUACUAUGGUGUUGAAUGCUGAGCUAUAGUCAAUGAACAGCAUUCUUACAUAGGUAUUCCUCUUGUCCAGAUGGGAUAGGGCAGUGUGCAGUGUGAUGGCAUUUGCAACAUCUGUGGAUCUAUUGGGGCGGUAAGCAAAUUAGGGUGACAGGUAAGGUAAAAGUGAUAUGAUCCUUGACUAGUCUCUCAAAGCACUUCAUGAUGACAGAGGUGAGUGCUAUGGGGCGAUAAUCAUUUAGUUCAGUUACCUUUGCUUUCUUUGGUACAGAAACAAUGGUGACCAUCUUGAAGCAUGUGGGAACAGCAGACUGGGAAAGGGAGAGAUUGAAUAGCUUGUCUGCGCAUGCUCUGAAGACGCGGCUAGGGAUGCCGUUUGGGCCGGCAGCCUUGCGGGGGUUAACAUGCUUAAAUGUCUUACUCACGUCAGCCACGGAGAAGGAGAGGCCACAGUCCUUGGUAGUGGGCCUCGUCGGUGGCACUAUGUUAUCCUCAAAGAAGAUGUUUAGCUUGUCUGGAAGCGAGACGUCGGUGUCGGCGACGUGGAUGGUUUUCCUUUUGUAGUCCGUGAUUGUCUGUAGACCCUGCCACAUACGUCUGGUGUCUGUGCCAUUUAAUUGCUACUCCACUUUGUCUCUAUACUGAUGUUUUGCCAGUUUAAUUGCCUUGCGGAGUGAGUAGCUGCACUGUUUGUAUUCUGCCAUAUUCCCAGUCACCUUUCCAUGGUUAAAUGCGGUGGUUCGUGCUUUCAGCUUUGCACGAAUGCUGCCAUCUAUCCACGGUUUCUGGUUAGGGUAGGUUUUAAUAGUCACAGUUGGCACAACAUCACCUAUACACUUCCUGAUAAACUCAGUCACCGUUUCAGUGUAUUCAUCUAAAUUAUUUUCGCAAGCUACCCGGAACAUAUCCCAGUCUAAAUGGAGUCGUGUUCAGAUUUGCCGAAAGGAGGGCGGGGGAGGGCCUUAUAACCAUCCCGGAAGUUCGAAUAGCAAUGGUCGAGGAUUUUAGCAGCGCGAAUACAACAGUCGAUAUGUUGAUAGAACUUUGGCAGCCUAGUGAUUUCACUUGAAGUGGUAGGCAUGUUGUAUAAAUCAAAUGAUACAAACCCCCAAAAAAUCCAUUUUAAUUCUAGGUUGUAUGGCAACAAAAUAGGAAAAAUGUCAAGGGGGGUGAAUACUUUCGCAAGCCACUGUGUGUAUAUAUAUAUCAGCUUUAUUUAAAAAAGUUUCCUCUUUAUGCUAAAAUCAUGGGGCAAUAUGUUGAUGUGCGUAAGUGGUUUGAUGUCUUCUUUGAUAAAGAGAAGUCCAGAAAUGUGAACCUGUAAGCAAAUCCAUAUUAUUGAUAAUACUGUAUAAUUAAAUAUCUUCCAUAUUCAUUAUCUUGCCCCUACAGGGCGUAAUAUUAGGUUGUUUGGAACAUUCUAGCUACAUAAUGAGCACAUUGUGUUUGUAAUAUAAGGAGCACAAUUGUUCAUUAGUCGUGUCUGGGGUCUCGUAAUGCUCCUCUAAUGUGUGUUCCUCCUAUCUUCUCUGUUUCUUUUCUAGGAGGUGAAUUAGUGUUGCCUAUAAUAACAGUGGAUUCCCUUGAGCCCCCAUCCAUCGCCACCCGUCACCCUGCUUUCCCCCCUCCUCCCACCUCCCUGUCCCCACUUGAGACCACCAAAGAGUCCCUGAUGCUGUCCAACCCUCACCCUCCCUGCCCCUCGUACCAGGAGGAAUGCAGUGACCAUGUGGAGGUCUCUGCCUUCGGUUCGGGGGAGUUGACGGAAUCAGAUGACGAGGACUUUUACAAAAACUCCCCCUUGGUCACUGACAGGACAGUCUUGCCUCCUCCUCCCCCCGGCGCGGGUGAGGGUGGGGCCCAGAAACCCCAUAAUCCCCGCCCCCCUCUUUCUGCUCCCACCACCAACCCCGACCAGCUCCACAUCCCCGGCGGGCAAAAUGAACACCCGUGACCAGGUGCUUCUGCCCCCCGCCCCACCAUCAUCUCGGAAUACACCUGGACUAACUUACCCCUCCAAUUUCCCCCAUGUGCCCACAGCUGACCCUACAGCUCCCGGUGAGAAGGUCAUGCACCCCGGCCUGGUGGAUAGGAUCGGAGAGUCCAGUAGCACCACAGGGAUGGUGGUUGGCAUUGUGGCAGCUGCUGCCCUCUGCAUUCUCAUCCUCCUCUACGCCAUGUACAAGUACCGCAACCGUGACGAGGGCUCCUACCAGACGGACCAGGGACACAACUUCAUCAACAACCCAGUUGCCGAGGGCAACGGGGCCGUGGUCAAGCUAGAGAAGACACCAAGUAUAACGGCUACAGUAGCCAAGGCUGUCACCAAGGGCAACAAGAACAAACACAAAGAGUAUUACGUCUGAGAGAGGGAAGGAGAGAGAAGGAGAGCGAGAGAGAGAUAGGCUAGAGGAAAAUCAUGGAAAGGGGGUUCUCCCAAUCAAUUACAAUUCCACAUUAUCCACUAGAUAAAUAUCCCAAGUUUAGGGUGUAAUUGUUACAUUUGUGCCACAGAAACUAACAAAAAAGAAAACUUCCCAUCAGUAUUUCCACAGUUCCUGGUAAAUUAUAUUUUCAUAAUCUCUAUCACAUACCAAGUACUGUAUUAGUUAACAUACCAUUUCAUACUGGAAUAGAAGCAUAUCCAUUUGCUGUCUUUGUAUAUAGCACCCCUAUCUAUCAACUGUAUGGUUAUGGUUCACAGUGAAAACUGAGCUGAGACCGUUGUACUAUAGAAAAGACCAUUGUACUAUAGAAAAAGAUUUGCAUGAAUGUCAGUUCUCAAGAAUCUCGAGUCUCUCUGUCUUCUAAUGACGUCAGAGGUAUCAGUGUGUACCGAUUGGUCGUUAUGGUAGAUAACCACAGAGCAACCCAAUAGUGUUUACUAGAAUAAACGAAAGCCAUACCCAUACUUGGAGACUGGGUGACCCACCUUCUCUGCAGACUAGCCUACCCCAUUUUGUGUUAUCCUGCGUUAAACAAUUUCCACUCAGUCUAUCUCUCUGGUUGUCCAUGGUGAAAUGUUGCUGGUUGAAUAUCAUUGAACCAUGUUUUAAGCAUGAUGCUGUAUUUAUUUCCUUAUGGAAAAUACAGGUUUUCAAAGGUAAUAUACAAUUCACAGCCUAAUUUAGCCAACAACCCCUCUAUGUGGAUGGAUGAGAUGAGCCGGAUUCUGUCUGUGUGAGGAGAGAUCUAAGAGAUCAAAGAGCUACAGUGUGUCAUUCCAUCUAGGAAGAAGCUCCUCAAACUUCACAAAUCUCAAAAAAGCAAAAUGCUACUGUAGCAAAGACAUUGCUCUGUAAACAUAUUUGUCUGUAAAGACGUCUUGGGAUUGAAAAAGCAUUGCUUGUUUGUUUGUUCUCUGGAGUACAUAGACGAACAGACAUGAAAAAUACACUUAAUGUGAGAGAUGUUCUGCCUCCACGGUUACCACUGUCAACACUCCAGCCAGAUUCCCCAUGAGGAGAAGUAGAGAGUGAAUAUGAAAGGGAGCUGCAGGACACAGAUUCACUUUUGAAUAACUUUUUCUAGUGGUUCCUGAGGGAGGGGGAGAUGCCCAACCUUGUGUCAAGAGGCUGGCUUUCCCUUCCUUCUUCAAAAUUGACAUACAAAACUGGAAAGGCACAAACAGUAGAAAAAUAUAUUUGAGAGAUAAACAAGUUUUUCCUUUGAAAGCAAACUGAACGUGUAUUCUGGUUUUUCUACCCAUUAAUAAAAUACUAUUAUGUGAGAUACAUUAUUGAAGGUUUGUGAAUUGUAAAGCUGUUUCUCAGAUAUUUAGGUGUUUCUCUUGUUAGCAUUCCUCCUUAACAAAAUAAGGAGUUCAUUUGUUUGUUACCUUUUAAUCAGAUACAGAUUUGUCUGUGAUGAGACAACAUUGUCUGACUACAGAAACCCAUUGUCAGUAUUUUCUUUUUCAAUGUUGAAUGGCAUUACAUUUCCAUUAAGGACUGGUUAGUGAUUGUAUGUAAACGUUUAGAGGGAAAACACAUAGGGUGAUGUGCAUUUUAUGUACACUGAAAAACAUGGCUCUUUUGGCUGUCGUGUUGCCAUUCUUUCUGUUGUAUUUAUGUUAACAUGUUCAAUUUCUGUGAUUUCCUCUUAUUAUUUUAUGAAGUGCCAUUUAACACUGCUCAGAGUAUAUUCCUGUCCUCACUCAAUGAUACUGUAAAGUGUUCCUGUGAAAUGAAUCUUAAUAUGUGUACAGUACAUUGACAGAGGGGAAAUACACUUGGUAAAAUACUUUGUAUACUCCUGUGUUGAGUGGCUUUUUUAUGGGUACGAAUGCCUUAUCAAAUGAAUGGAUCCUCACUACUACACAUAGCCACCAUAAUAACAGCAUAAACAUGACUUGACAUCUUCAGGGUUAGCUUCCAAUGAUACGCGCAUUCAUUUAGUGGUAGGGAAUGCAUAGCUAGGUAGCUAGUCUACAGGUGCCAAAAUUUGACGUCAGCAUAUAUAAUUACAAGUUUUCCCCUAUUCAUCGAAGGCGAAAAAUACAUAUUGGUUUCCCAGCCAGGUUGGAACAAACGGGGGGGAACGGUCGCUCAAAACUCUGAUGCAGUUGUCAUGUCAUCACAUGAAGAGACAUGCCAAACAGAGGAUGUUUAAAAAAAACUCUUGACAUCAUUGAUAGUCAUGGUUUAUGAACAUUGUCUGGCAGUCUAUAUUUUUUUUAAUGAAGUAUACCCAGACCUCACCAUGUCCAGUGUCAACUGAAAUAGUCCAAGAUUAACUAGAUAGCUAGCUUGAUAAAACAGUGCUGACAAUUCCAUUUGGGCAAGCUAUGCUAAAUUAUUGUCUAUAUUGAUGCUGUUACAAUAACCAAACAGUUGGAUAAACAAAUAAUUUGUGAAACCAUGAUGUGAUGUAUGUUGGACGUUGCAUGCAAUUUCAAUGUUGUUUGAGUGCUUUGUGUAUCAGCAAAUUUUCUUAAUAUAAUCUCACUGCGUCCAUGUUGCUUGACAUGGGCGUUUUCAAAGAACCGUCAGUCAAAGUGAGCUCCUCGCCCACUCAGUCUGUCUUUUCAGACUUCCUGGUAGUUUAACAUUUCAAGCAUUUUUAUCCCCCAAUAAAUAUUAUGGGUGAUGUUUUAGUCACUCAAAUGUCUAUUUUACAUAGGAAUCAGAAUGAAUGUUCGGAACCUUUAACAUACCAUUUCGAAACUUCAGAAGCUAUUUUGAAUACAUGUUCUUGGUCCUACACUCUCUGGGUUAAAAACAACCCAAUUUGGGGUAUUUAGUAACCCAACGCUGGGUAAAUAUUGGACAGAACACACACGUGGCUUAUUAGGGGUGUGGCUUUCAGAUAAUUAUUUUUGGCCACCCGUAAAACAGGUCGUCAUUGUAAAUUAGAAUUUGUUCUUAAUUGACUUACCUGUAUAAAUAAAGGUGAAUAAAUAAAAUAAAUAAGAGUAAAUGUCAUUACUGUUCAUCGUGUUAAGUUUGUACACUGCAAAUUUCAAUUUUCCUUGAAAAAAUUUUACAUUACAUAUUCUAAUAUCUAUUCCUAACAUUAUUAUUUACAUAUCCCAGCAUUGGGAUAUGCAUAGUCUCUUGAGGAACUCUGCACUUGUGUAAGCUUCAUAAGUGUCAGUGUUCAACCUUAACAUUUGAUAACAAUACAACAGAACAGAUGAACCAAGAUUUUUUUUUUGUUAUCUAUGGGAGUCACAAACAUGUCUCUAUCAGGACCAGUGUACCAUAUCUAUUUGCAUGCAGAGCACCGGAACUGAAGCGGAAUUAAGAACCUGUGUUUUGUGCAGUCAUGUGACAUGCCUGGAUUUUAACCUUUAUUGAAAGCUUUUUCAGCAAACUGUCCCCUUUUCUUUUUAUGUCACAUUGUACAGCCCCAUCAUUAGACAAUCGCUUUAAUUUUUUGGUGUAAUUCUCAUUUCUGGAAAAGGCUUAAAAUACAGGACAAAAUCUUGCUAUGUCACAUGAUUGAGAAAAACAAUCCAUAGUCUAAACAUAGUGUAAUGUGUGAGUGAAAUUAGUGUAGAAUAAGACCCUCCCUGCCCCCACUUGAGACCACCAAAGAGUCCCUGAUGCUGUCCAACCCUCACCCUCCCUGCCCCUUGGACCAGGAGGACUGUGGUGACCAUGUGGAGGUGACCAGGUGCUUCUGUCUAGUUCAACAGCAAUCACUCACUGACUGGGUUGGUAACGGACCAGGAGGACUGUGGUGACCAUGUGGAGGUCUCUGCCUUCGGUUCAGGGGAGUUGACGGAAUCAGAUGACGAGGACUUUUACAAAAACUCCCCCCUGGUCACUGACAGGAAAGUCUUAUGGGGCGCAGAAACCCCAUAAUCCCAGCCCCCCGUCUUUCUGCUCCCACCACCAACCCUGACCAGCUCCACAUCCCUGUGGGCAAAAUGAACACCCGUGAC